GCCCUGUUCAUCGGGUCAAAUCCCUCGUCUUCUUCCUCGUCGCUUCUCUCUCUCUCUCUCUCUCUCUCUCUCCACUCCCCAUCCCCCGCCUAAUCCUAAUCCCCAAUCCGGAACCUCACCGCCGAGAACCCCAGAUCAAACCCCUCCCCCCGCCCGUUCACAUUCCCAUUCCGCCCGCGCGAUCCAGCCUUCUUCCCUGCCCGCCAGAGGGUGGACAAAGAAAUCGGGCCAGGAAUCUCACCAGCCCCCGGGGUUUCUUGAUCCGGGCGCGGGAUUGGUCGCGCCCAGGACCCAGAGCAAGGCGAAUCAAGAACGCCCCGCGGGUGCCAGGGCCGGGGAGGAAUCAAGAUCGCUUUUUUUCCCCCUCUCUUCUCUUGAGGGCUGUCGCUUCUGUUCCGCUCCCCGCGCGGCAAUGCCGGAUCCGGCCGGCGGCGCCCCCCGCCCCCACGCCGCCGGGCUGGCAUGCCCCGUCUGAGCCACCCCGCCGGCCGCCGCGGCUCCCGAUGCUCGUCUGGUCCACGGGGGCAGGAGAGGGAGCAGCGGCCGUGCGCGUGGGCGGCGGCCAGCGAGGAUGCAGAUCCGCCUGUCGCCGAGCAUGAGGAGCAUCACCAUCUCCACUAGCCAUGGCCUGCUAGACUUUAUGAGGCUCAAGGCCGCCGCGCGGCACUUCUCCUACCGCACCGUCUUCCACACCGUCCUCAUCCUCGCCUUCCUCCUGCCCUUCGUCUUCAUACUCACCGCUGUCAUGACGCUCGAGGGCUUCAACAAGUGCUCCUCCCUAGAUUGUCUGGGAAGACGGUUAGGUCCACGGCUUCUUGGUAGGGGCAAUGAUGGUUCCAUGAGGCUUGUGAGGGAUUUGUAUUCAAUACUUGAUGAAAUAAAUGCUGAGGAAGCUCCUGUUGAUUUGAAGGUUCCAGAAUCUUUUGAUGAAUUUAUCUGGGAUAUGAAGAAUAAUGAUUACGAUUUAAGGUCAUUUGCUUUUAAGCUGAAGGCUACGAUGGAGAGCAUGGAUAAGGAAUUGAGAUCAUCAAGGUUAUCAGAGCAGCUAAACAAGCACUAUGCUGCAAUUGCUAUUCCUAAAGGCCUUUAUUGCCUUUCGUUGCGUUUAACCGAUGAAUACUCCUCAAAUGCCCUUGCAAGGAAACAACUACCACCCCCUGAGUUGGUGCCUCGUCUUUCGGACAACUCCUAUUACCAUUUUGUUUUAGCAUCAGAUAACAUCCUUGCAGCCUCAGUUGUGGUUAGAUCGACAGUUCGAUCAUCACUGAAGCCUGAGAGGAUAGUCUUCCAUGUUAUUACUGACAAAAAGACCUACCCUGCCAUGCAUUCAUGGUUUGCUUUGAAUUCUCUCUAUCCCGCUAUUGUUGAGGUGAAAGGUGUGCACCAAUUUGAUUGGUUAACAAAAGAAAAUGGUCCUGUACUUGAAGCUAUAGAAACUCAGCGCACUGUCAGAGAUCGUUACCAUGGAAAUCACCUUGCAAAAACCAGCGCUAGUGACAGCCCAAGGGUCUUUGCAGCCAAACUGCAGGCAGGAAGUCCAACAUAUACUUCCGUGCUCAAUCAUAUUCGAAUAUACUUGCCUGAGUUGUUCCCAAGCCUCAACAAGGUUGUAUUUCUUGAUGAUGAUGUUGUUGUCCAGCAUGACCUAUCACCACUUUGGGAUAUUGAUCUAGCUGGGAAGGUUAAUGGUGCUGUUGAGACUUGUAGAGGUGGAGACAGUUGGGUGAUGUCUAAAAGGUUCAGGAAUUAUUUUAACUUUUCUCAUCCCCUCAUUGCAAACAACUUUGACCCUUCAGAGUGUGCUUGGGCAUAUGGCAUGAAUAUUUUUGACCUGAAUGUAUGGAGGAAGACAACAAUCAAAGACAAAUACCAUCAUUGGGUCAAGGAGAAUCUAAAGUCAAACUUCACACUUUGGAGGCUUGGAACAUUACCACCGGGGCUUAUAGCAUUUAAAGGCCAUGUUCAUCCAAUUGAUCCAUCAUGGCAUCUGCUAGGCUUGGGUUAUCAAGAAAAGACAGAUAUCAGUAGUGUUGAACAAGCAGCAGUUAUACAUUAUAACGGGCAAAGCAAACCAUGGCUGGAGAUUGGUUUUAAACAUCUUCAGCAAUUUUGGACAAGACAUGUGAACUACUCAAAUGAAUUCAUAAGGAACUGUCAUAUAAUGGAGCCUCAGUUGUAGAUUGUCGUGACAAAAUAAAUAAAAGCAUAUAUUAAGUGAAAUUAAAUUCGUUAUUUGGAGAACCAGACAUCAGAGAAUUCGUUAAGGGUAACCGGGGAGCUUAGUAAUCCCCCAGAUGGUUACAUGCGCUGAUGGAGAUACUUGAUGAACAGAAAGGAAAUGUUUUUUCACCCAUUACUCUAGGACCUCUUUCUUUUAAUUUAUUCCAUUUGUAUCAUAGCUCAUGAAAUUACAAUAUUGUUUAGGAUGGUUCUUUUGUAUUUGAUGGAGCAAUAUAUAAGUUGCCUGAUUCGGCAGAACUGAUGGUAGCCCCAUCACUAUUGUAAUUGAUGAAGAGUAUACACAGUUCACCAUGUGAACAGCAUGGGAUUUUGAUUUUGCAAAGGGAACCUUGUAGAGUUGCUCCUUAUUUUUA